AUGGUUCAAAUCCUUAACCCCAAGUCCUAUGCUAGUGUUGAAGGACCGCAUCCGGAAAUUAAUGAGGCGAGUAGUGGAAUUGAAGAGUACUAUGACUGGAAAGGGCAGAAGGCAGAUCCUAAAAAGCAUGGCGGAAUGAGAGCUGCUAGCGUGGCCUGUGUUGUGGAGGUAUUAGAGAACAUGGUUUUCCUGUCGAAUGCCACGAACUUUGUCCCAUACUUCAUUAAGUCAAUGCAUUACCCUAUUGCUGAAGCUGCUAACAUGGUAACUAAUUUCAUGGGAACCUCUUUUCUGCUCACAAUAUUUGGUGGGUUCAUCAGCGACUCUUUCUUCACCAGAUUCAGGACUUUCGUUAUCUUCUGCAUAAUAGAGCUCCUGGGGAUAAUAUUGUUAACAGUUCAAGCUCAUGAUACUCGAUUGCAACCAGCAUUAUAUGAAAGGCCUUCUCAUUCUCAAGCUGCUGUUCUUUUUAGUGGACUUUAUGCUAUUGCGACAGGAGUUGGUGGAAUCAAGGCUGCCUUGCCUGCACAUGGUGCUGAUCAGAUUGACCAUAGCAACCAGCGGUCCGUUUCCUCAUUUUUCAGUUGGUUCUUCUUCUCCUUAUGCACAGGAGGCCUCCUGUCCUCAACUGUUAUGAUAUGGAUUGAAGAGAACCGAGGUUGGAAUUGGAGUUUUAUAAUAUCAGUAGUUCUCUUGAGUUUGGCACUUUGCAUUUUCAUUGCAGGGUUUCCAAUUUUUAGGUUCAAACGACCUGAUGGUAGUCCAAUUACAAGAAUCUUUAAGGUAUUUGCUUCUGCUUCUCGGAACCGGAAACGCUCAUCAGUACCAAUUCUGAGGAAUGAUGAAGUUGAUAGAAGUUCCCACAAGAAGUUCAGGUUCUUAGACAAGGCAUUAUUUGAAGACACUACUAGUGCAGUUCAUGUUAAGGAAACAAAGACCUUCCUUGGCCUGCUUCCCAUCUUUGGUAGCACAAUCAUGAUGAACUGUUGCCUGGCCCAAUUACAGACACUUUCAGUGGAACAAGGGAGCAUCAUGAAUAGAAAACUAAACAAUUUCCAAAUCCCUACCCAGUCAUUGACGGUGUUUCCCCUCUUAGUCAUGCUUGCUAGCAUACCUAUAUUCGAACAUGUUGCAAGCACUUUCAAAAACAAAAUUUCAGAAAACCAUUACAUUUUCAAACCACUCAAGAGGAUUGGACUUGGGUUAGCACUAGCAUCAGCAUCCAUGGCCGUGGCUGCUAUUGUUGAGUUUAAGAGACGUGAAGCAGCAGAGAAUUUUCACACAUUGUCUGUGUUUUGGCUAGGGUGGCAGUACCUUUUGUUAGGUGUUUCAGAUAUGCUCACUCUUGAGGGGAUGCUAGAAUUUUUCUACUCAGAAGCACCAGAUAGCAUGAGAAGUAUUUGCACUGCAUUGUCAUGGUGCUCUACCUCCAUGGGGUUCUUCCUUAGCUCCAUACUAGUGUCCAUAACCAACUCUGUUACUGGCAAAUUGGGUCAUGAAUGGCUUGGAGGACAUAAUAUGAACCACAACCGGCUGGAUCUAUUUUACACAAUUCUUUGUAUUCUCAAUUUCCUGAAUUUGCUUAAUUAUAUUUACUGGGCUAAGAAGUAUUAG